AUGUUGACCAAGGUUUCUGCACUCACGGCCCUCGUGGCCGCUGUUCGCGCGCAGCAGGUCUGCACGCUCAACGCGGAGACCAAGCCUGCACUCACCUGGUCCAACUGCGCGGCCGGCGGUGCCUGCACCACGGUCGACGGUUCCGUCACCGUCGAUGCCAACUGGCGUUGGACUCACAAGACCGACGGCAGCACCAACUGCUACACCGGCAACAAGUGGGAUACCUCCAUCUGCUCCACCGGCGAGGACUGUGCCUCCAAGUGCUGCGUGGACGGCGCCGACUACUCCGGCACCUACGGCGCCACCACCACCGGCGAUGCCCUCAACCUCAAGUUUGUCCAGCAGGGCCCCUACAGCAAGAACAUUGGCUCUCGCAUGUUCCUCAUGGACGGAACCGAUAAGUACCAAAUGUUCAAGCUCUUAGGCCAAGAGUUCACCUUUGACGUUGAUGUCUCCAACCUUGGUUGCGGCCUGAACGGCGCCUUGUACUUCGCCUCCAUGGACGCCGACGGUGGCAUGUCCAAGUUCCCUACCAACAAGGCCGGUGCCUCCCACGGAACCGGCUACUGCGACAGCCAGUGCCCCCGCGACCUCAAGUUCAUCGACGGCAAGGCCAACGUCGAGGGUUGGGUGCCCUCAUCCAACGACGCCAACGCCGGCGUCGGAACCAUGGGCUCGUGCUGCUCUGAGAUGGACAUCUGGGAGGCCAACUCCGUCUCCAACGCUUACACCCCUCACCCCUGCGAGACUGUCGGCCAAUUGAGCUGCAGCGGCGACGCCUGCGGAGGCACGUACAGCUCUACUCGCUACGCCGGCCAGUGCGACCCCGAUGGAUGCGACUUCAACAGCUACCGCCAGGGCAACACCACCUUCUACGGCAAGGGCUCCCAGUUCGCCAUCGACACCUCCAAGAAGAUCACAGUCGUCACGCAGUUCGUCGAGACCGGCGGCGCUCUGACUGACAUCAAGCGCUUCUACGUCCAGGACGGCAAGGUCUUUGCCAACUCCAAGUCCGACGUCACUGGCGUUGAGGGCAACUCCAUCACCACCGACUACUGCACCGCCCAGAAGAAGGCUUUCGGCGACGAGGACGUCUUUGCUCAGAAGGGUGGUCUUGCUCAGAUGGGCAAGGCUCUCUCCGAGGGUAUGGUUCUCGUCAUGUCCACCGGCCCUGGCACCGCUCGCGGCUCUUGCGGCACCGACUCUGGCGUUCCCGCCGAUGUCGAGUCCCAGGCCCCCAACUCCAACGUCAUCUUCUCCAACAUCAAGUUCGGCCCCAUCGGCUCUACCUUCAACAGCGCCGGAACUGCUGUAAGUACUACUGAGUAG